AUGAGCACGCCAAUUAUCCAGGCGGGUCAGAUCCCGUCGGCCACUUCCGAACAGCUCUCGCCCAUCCUGCUGCGGUUGCUCGAAUGUCCCAAGGAGCUCUUGCCAGAUCUCGCCUCGCAGUCGGCGGCUGCUAUCGCUGAUCUGCCCGAAGACUCGCGUCCAGAAUCAUAUGAAGGUCUGCUCGAUGUCGCACGCUUCUGCGUCGAGGAGGACCCUGGCUGGGCCGCCGAACGCCGAGCCAAGUUCAUCGGCGGCCAUCCGCGCAUCGGCGCACCUCUCAAUGCACCCACCUCCGAACUCAGCGAAGAGAGCCGCAAGGAACAGAUGAAGGGAGGCCAGGUCGAUCCCGCUACACUUGAGAAGCUCGCGAGGCUGAAUGCCAUUUAUGAGGCCAAGUAUCCGGGCCUCCGCUUCGUCACCUACGUCGCCGGCCGGUCCAGAGCUGCUGUCGCUGAUGAGCUGGCCAAGCUGCUCGGAGACAAGGUGGCCAGCCUCGAAAAGGCGCCGGACCUGCCCAAGGACGAGGUGCGCAGCCAAGACUCGGAAGAAUGGCAAUCGGAACUCGAACGUGCCUCCGAGGCGCUGUGGGAGAUCGCCGUCGACCGCGCGGGCAAGCUCAACGCCGAGAGCUCGACUGGUGGCAAGCCAGGCUCGAGCAGCAAUGAAGAUGGUGAGGACUCCAAGCCGGACGCUGGCUCCUCCUUGCCGACAUCCGCGGCGGGCGACAAGGCGUCCGACGCGACGAUUGGACAGGAUGUGCCCUUCUUAUCACUCGCUUCGUUCCGCAUGCUCGUGCUCUCUUCUCCCGUGCUCGAAUCGUUCUUCAAAUCCGACCUCGCCGAAUCCUUUUACCUCGAAUCCGUCGAACGAUCCCAGAGCGGCGGCGCCUACGCGUGGCAUACCGCUCCGAGCCUGCCCGGCGCGCCGCGCGCCGUGCCGGGCGCCACCAAGGAGAGCAGCACAGGCGAAGCAACCUAUAGCCGCGACGUGACGACGGGUACGCGCGGCAAGGUGGUGGGCUUCCUGGGCAACCUGCUUGGCGAAGAGGGCAAGGCCAAGAUGAACCAGCUUGCGGAUCAGGUGGGACAGCGACUCCAGACACACACGGUGACAGGGCCGCGAGCGUCGUUCGGACGCAACUCGACGCUCGACGGAGGCAAGAUGGACACGCAGGAGCUCAGAGAGAAGGAGGCGCUCGAGAGGAAGAGAGCAGCGGAGGAGCGCAAAUCGACGCUCGGCAACCGGCUGUUCAACGCGUUGCGCGCACCGGCGCGGACACCCUCGACGCAGGACCUCAAGGGAGCAGCAGCGGAGCAGGAGGCAUCGGCAUCCGCGACGACGUCGGCGAGUGCAGCGGAUCGCGGGAGAACACUUCAGAAGCAGCCACCUACGUCGAAAGCGGACAAGAGGGUGAGUCUGCGCGGAACGGAUCUAUCGACCGAGGGGCCCAAAGCAGCGGCGGAAGCGCUCAGGGCGGCGCAAGAGGCGCUAUUGCAGGAACGCCCGGCCUUUGUGAUCGACGAGGUGGGCGAAGACGACGGCGAGGGCGACGACGCCGUCGAGGCCGGCGGCGAGGUGGAGGAUCUGGGCGAUGUCGUGGGUGAGCCGCAAGAGUCGCACGACGCGCAAGGCUUGCUCAGUGGACGCGAGGCGCAGAUGGCCAAGGAGCUCCGAUCGGCUCCAGCGCAAUAA